CCCUUGUUGUCUCAUCGUUCUCAUUAUGGCUACUGUCAUUGAGAUGGCCAUCAGCCCGCCAGGGUACAAUGCAUGGGUGGAGGAACUGGCUCAGAAGCAUUUCCAGAGCUACCCUCCCUGGGAAUUGGCCAUGUGCUUCUCCCUCAUCGUGAUGGCCAUGCUUCCUCUCCCCAUCAUCUUCAACGCCCGCCACUUCAACCUGAUGUCUGAUGGCUCCAACAAGUUGUCCGUCUCCUAACGCAAAAGCAUGAUGAAGGACAUCUCCAACCUGGAGGAGAUGGACGAGACGCACUUCAUCCUGGGCAAGAACCCAAGAGAGACACCUUUGCCCAAGCCCCUGUCCCAAGCCAACCUAGUCCCCCCAGGCACCAAACCCCUGGAGAACUCCAACUCCUCGUCCGCCAACAGCUGCUACUGGAUGGGCUACCAGAACAACAUCAGCCCCAUAACCUCCACCACCCCCGUCACCCCCACUGUCCCUGAGUUCGACUCAUGAUCACUGUCUAUACUCUUCAUGUUCCUGCCCCUAGCCUGCCCCUAAACCCCUAACAAUCACCCUCCUACAGGCCAACUCACAUUUAACCCUACAGAGUCUCACCACCAGAGGGACCUGCAGCGCUGCCCAAAACACGUCCACCCUCACGCUAUGAGUGACCCUAGUCACAGGACACCCCUCUCCCCCUCUCCAACAGACCCAGAUGUUAGAGUUUACCGCAGCAGGGGCUGCUUUGACAAGGAAUCACAUGGUCAGGCGUCUGAGAUAUUACAGUGGUGUGUAUCUAUCCCGAAUGGAGUGUAUUCAGUGCUGGACACGCAGUAUGUUCUGGUCUAGAGGCCAGGCAGCAGUAUUCUUAUUCUGCUCUGCUCUGCUUAUUGCAGACACAGUUUAGGGGAAUGUAGAGAAAAUCAUA